AUGGGUCAAUGUAUUAGUAAAAUCGGACCAGAAUCUGAAGCACAGAACACCGCAGCAACAAAAACAAAAAACAGGAUAACUAUUCUGAUCCUGGGAACACCAGGUAGCGGCAAAAGCACCGUAAUGAAACAGUUCCGGAUCCUGUACGGAGACGGGUUCUCCAACUCGGAAAGAGCGUCCGGUCUCUCAGUUAUAGCAAACAACGUCAUGGAAAGCGUUUCGUCUUGCAUAAGUAUGAUCGAUCAGACUGAAAUUGAUAAUAAAGGUCCGAAGACCUCUGCAUUGAAUAACUUACUUAAAGCCGCAACUGAAGACGAUUCGCCAGGGUCGAAGCUACAGCCAAAGGGGAAAACCAAGGAGCUACUGAAGCUAGCAGAGGAUAUCUGGUGUAACGAAAACGUACAAGACUUAUUCAAGGACCAAAUGUGCGAUUACGGCGUCCGCGUAACCGAUGCAGAUGGCUAUUUCUUGAAACGCAUUAAGAAAAUGAACAGCCCAUCAUACGUACCUACAGAUGACGAUUUAUUGCAUAUGAGGCGUGUUACAGAUAGCGUCGAAGAGUUUAAAUUUACAUACAGGAAUUGCGAUUUCACUGUCAUAGACGUCGGCGGGCGAAAAGCAGAAAGGCGAAAGUGGAUCAACCUCUUCAGCCGAGCAAACAUGAUCAUCUACAGCGCCUCCUUAGUCGAUUAUGACUUGGCACUGGAGGAUGACCCCAAUGUGAACAGCAUGGGGGAGAGUCUCAGCGUAUUCGAGUCUGUUGUUAAUCUAACAUACUUUCAAGACACGCCGCUGGUGCUCUUCCUGAAUAAGAAAGACCUCUUGUCUAAGAAAGUCAAAGCAGUUUCGCUGGCUGAUCAUUUCCAGGAUUACAAAGGCCCAGAUGACAACCCACACGAGGUCGUUGGGUACAUCAAGUCAAAAUUCCUCCACAAAAUCAAGGACAAGUCCCGCCCAGUUAAGGUUCAUAUCAUAUGUGCAACGAACACGAGAGAUGUGAAGAAGGCUUUUGAAAUAUCUUUAGACUGGGUUUUAGAAGUUGGGAAGUAA